AAUGACAGCAGAGGCAGCAGCCUGAGUAGGAGCAGAAGCAGCGGAAUCAACAUCUUAGCAAAAAACUGACGCCAUAGCAUAGCCAGACAAAAACCAAGGUUCCUGCUAUCCUCUGGCCAGUGGAUUGGAUAGCAAUAUAUGUAGUAUCGAGGGCCAACAUAGAAGCAGCUCCAAAUACAGUUUCAAUCCGAAGCAAGGCCAAAGCAGAAUGUACUACUAACGGUUAACGGUUAAGGGUUAGGGGAAUUAGAGAGAAGAGAAUUUCGGCCAGGCACGAUGGCUUCUGGCGAUGGCGACACCAUCAACACCAUCGACAUGGACAGCUCCUCCACAUCGCAGGCAAAGCCAGUGGAUCCUAGCAAUGCCUCCAACGACCAUGUGGGUAACUCAUCGCCCGAGUUGGGCAAUCGACCCUUGCGCACGGUCAACAACAACAACAAGGCGGACAAGGAGCGAAAGAUUGGGCACAGACGUGUUGGCGAGGGCGGCGAGAUUACGUACAAGAAGAUACAGACAUCGCAGAUUAUGGGCUCCAUACAACUUGGCAUCCAACACACCGUCGGCAGCCUGGCAUCGAAGCCCAAGCGGGAUCUACUAAUGAUGGACUUCUGGGAGAUCGAGAGCAUCACAUUUCCGCCAGAGGGUUCCAGCCUUACACCUGCCCACCACUACAGUGAAUUUCGAUAUAAGAUCUACGCCCCCAUAGCUUUCCGUUACUUUCGCGAUCUGUUUGGCAUCCAACCAGACGACUUCAUGAUGUCCAUGUGCACUUCUCCGCUGCGAGAACUGUCGAAUCCUGGUGCUUCCGGCUCUAUAUUCUACCUGACGAACGACGACGAGUUCAUCAUCAAGACGGUGCAACACAAGGAGGGUGAAUUCCUACAGAAACUACUGCCUGGUUACUAUAUGAAUCUCAAUCAAAAUCCGCGCACGCUUUUGCCAAAGUUCUUCGGACUAUACUGCCUUCAGACGAGCAAUGCCAAAAACAUACGCCUGGUGGUUAUGAACAAUCUGCUGCCCUCGUCGGUGAGGAUGCACCUGAAGUAUGACCUGAAGGGAUCGACGUUCAAGCGCAAGGCGAACAAGGCGGAGCGGUCCAAGAAGUCGCCCACCUACAAGGACCUCGACUUCAUGGAGCAGCACCCCAAUGGGAUUUUUCUAGAGGCCGAGACCUAUUCGGCGUUGAUCAAGACCAUUCAGCGGGACUGCACGGUUCUGGAGUCGUUCAAGAUCAUGGACUAUUCGCUGCUCCUGGGCGUGCACAAUCUGGAUGUGGCGCUGAAAGAGAAACUGAGCGAAACCAGGAAGCCCCUUAGGGCACCGCUGGCCGAGGACUCUGACGUGGAUGUGGACGAUCCGCUGGACGGCCAGGAGGCGGAUGGCAAGGAUCGUGACGCUGCCACGGGCAUCAGUCGGAACAAUGUGGCAUACAGAUCGGUUAAUCGGCAGCGUCUGGUGGCGCAUUCCACGGCCAUGGAGAGCAUUCAGGCGGAGAGCGAACCCAUCGACGACGAGGAGGAUGUUCCGCCUGGUGGCAUACCGGCGCGCAGCGAAAAGGGCGAGCGUCUCCUGCUCUACAUCGGAAUCAUCGACAUUCUGCAAUCCUACAGGCUGAAGAAGAAGCUGGAGCACACAUUCAAAAGCAUCAUACAUGAUGGGGAAACCGUCUCGGUCUGCCGGCCCUCAUUCUAUGCUCAAAGAUUUCAAAACUUCAUGGCUAAGACCGUGUUCCGAAAGAUACCCUCCCUGGAUCUCCCCGAGAUCAAGGGAAAUCACAGAAAAUUUCGUACCUUGGUAACCAGUUAUAUAGCAUGUCUCUCAAUGUCACCGCUUAAGCAUUCGCCCUCGAAGAGAAAAAGCCUCUCCAAGGCCAUACAGCGCUCCAUUGACAGCGACAACGAGGCUUCCAGCAGGCCAAUGCAUGCCUCGCACUCCCACAGCAGUGGCAAGAUCCACCAGCCGGCUAAGCUGCCCACCACAGAGCCCACGCCCGGCAGCGCUUCAGUGGCAUCCGGAGCAGCUAGUGCCGGGCCAUCAUCAGCGGCCAGUGGGAGUGGGAUUGGUGAGCGUGAGCGUGAGAGGAUGCCACCGCCCGUCAAACAGCGGACUCCAGGGGGUGGCAGCAAUCUGAAGGCUCGGGUACCACCGCCAGUGCCCCCACGAGGAUCUCCUCGUCGCCGGGAUGGACAGGACCGCUCGACGCCAGGCACAACUCCAUCCUGCAGUUCGACUCCUCCCCCUGCCUUCGACGACAUCUCCGAGGACAGCUCGAACAAGAACAGCACAUCAUCGAUGGGGCGCAGGUCUCACCACAACCACCACCAUCACCAUCAUCAUCAGCAGUCCCAGCAGCAGGCGUACUACCAGCAGCAGGCCCAGUACUUGGACCGCAAAAUGAACAUCGGACCCGCCUAUCGAGGCUCCUACAAGGAGGAUAUUGUGAGCGUCUCUGAGGUGCAUCUGGAUACACUGCUGGCGGUGGACACAUCCUCGAGCAGCCAGUAUGGGUCUCGCGGCGGACUGGCCUGGACGCCGCCGGCAUCAGGUGAGGGCUCCACUCCCACAUGGACAGAGGGCACACCCAGUUUUACGGACUCCAGUUCGAGUGGUGAUCUCGACAACUUCUCGCCCAUAAACUCAUCUAAAAUCGAUCGUCACAAGCCGACCGUGGAAGAUGCCAUCAACUCUCUGUCCUCGGGAAUGAUCAACUAACAUAGCAUGUGAUGACGGCUCACAAGACACAACACCGAGAACCCAACCAAGCCUGCGCCUCGAAUACAACAUCAGCCACACACAAAAUGAUAAUUCUUGCGUGUUCAGGACGCACUUGUAUAGCUAGGAUAUAAUCAAAAUGCGCCCGCCCUCGUAUAGCCACAUGAGUAACAAGGGCACACACCAUACCACGAACACGCAUCCCCAUCUGGCCAUCCUCAAGCGAACAUUGGAUGUGAAUUGUUCGAGGAACAUACAAAUCUAUGCAAAAAAAAAGCAGGCAGAAAUCAAUACUGCAAAUGAUAUUACAGAUAUACAUAUAGCAAGAAGAGAAUCAAAUAAUACUAAGACGGAUGCAGAUGUCAGCCAGUUCCAGUUGCAAUUCCAGUUCCCGUAAUCUCUUAAUCGUUAUAUUACGUUCCCUAUACUCGUACAUAUUGUAUGGUUCAAGAGUUCGUUUGGGAAAAAUAUACUCGUACAAUACACUGAAAUUAAUAAACGUUUUUGCGAUACGA